CUGUGUGGACAGGAUUUCCUGAAUUUCACCUAUUGACGGACUAUUUUUAAUUAUUUCCGUUAAAGCUCUCUCUCUCUCUCUGUCUCGCCCUCCCUCUCUCUCUCCCUCUCUCUCCCUUUAUAUCUCUCUCACCCUCCCUCCCUCUCUCUCGGACUCAGAUUAUCUCCAUCAUCCUGCCGCUGAGAUGUCGACUCCAGAUGCAGGUACUCCAGGAGCUCCCGGGGCCGAUGGCGAGGGGGGCCCUGCGGCUCCAGCCCCGAAUCUGACAAGCAACAGACGACUGCAGCAGACGCAGGCGCAGGUGGACGAGGUGGUGGACAUCAUGCGUGUGAACGUGGACAAAGUCCUGGAGAGGGACCAGAAGCUGUCGGAGCUGGACGACCGGGCCGACGCCCUGCAGGCUGGAGCCUCGCAGUUUGAGAGCAGCGCUGCCAAACUCAAGAACAAGUACUGGUGGAAAAACUGCAAGAUGAUGAUCAUGAUGGCCAUUAUAGGUGUUAUAUGUGUUGGAGUCGUCUUCUUGUAUUUCUUCUACUGAGCUGGUCUUCAGGGAUGGACACACAGGUCACUGGACGAGUCUGCACCGACACCACCAAGCCAAAUCCAAACUCUUCUCAGCGCUCCUCCUGCUCUUCAUCCUCCUCUUCCUCACCGAUGCCUUCCUCACAAAACCUUCAUGCAUGGUCUGUAAUGUGCUCCGGUGCCUCCUAUGUCUCUCCAGGCAGGUUUCACUGAGCUGAACAGCAGGUGGAUGUAAUAAUAUUUCUGUGUUCGUUUUACCUCACUGGGAGCAGCAGACGGGGGGAGUUUACUUCAGGAAAGUUUAGAUUGUGACUUCGUCUCUUUCUGCCACUUGCAGUAUUGUCCUUAGUAACAGACGUCGCCCCCUUUGCAGAGAAAAUAAAAAAAUCUAAACUUUUAUUUUCAGUAAAAUCUGUUUCUGCUGCACAUGUAAAAUCCACUCACCCAGGUUUGUUCAUCAAAUACGAUGUUUGGCGUAAAACUGGAAGCAGCUCAUAUAAUCUAACACGUAAAAAUCUUUCUGUUUAGUGUCAGUUCAUCUUUAGUCAGAGUCGACCCAAGGCAUAAGUGAACUGGGUGCCUGCUUAGGGCCCCUUUGACCACUAGAGGGCCCCCAAGAGUGCUAGAAAUGUCCCACAGGAGAGCUUGAAAUGCUUUAUUGUUUUUUUUCUGCUUUUUUUGUGAUAAAUAUAAGAUAUAUAUAUAUAUUUUAAAACGCAAUACUAUGUUAACAGGCUAGCUAGCUAAUAUUACUGGUUUAAUUCCUGCUGUCUCUGUCAGAGCAACACAGCUACGACUAAUACAACUGAUGAACUGAUGUGCCAAUGAUCAAAUAUUGGCAAUAGUUAAUAGUAUUGGUGGCGCUGCGGCGGCGGUGGUGGGGGGGGGGGGCUGCCAAUAUCAAAUUCUGUUCAGGGCCCCAUAAUAGCUUGGGCCGGCCCUGUAAAAAAGAAUUUAGGAGAUAAUCUGUAAUCUGUGUUUGACACAAGCCACAAAACUAUGGAGAAAUCAGCAGCUCAACACAAACGUCUAAAGGAAAGUUGUUAAUUAUUUUAAGCAACAAACGUCUUUCUUUUUUUUUGCUGUUUGGCUUUUAAAACAAGAGUGUUGCUGGUGAGGAGACAACAGUCCCGGGCCCAGAAAUCUCAAAAGCCUCAUUUGUAAUUGCCACAUAUUUUAUUUUGUGCCACUAUCGGGAGAGGCAAACCAGGCAAAUGCUUGCCGCCCACAAGGGGAGAAGGGGCCCCCGAAGGCCCCGAUAUUGGCAAGUUUUGCAGUGACAACUAUAAAUCCCCUUAAACCUUCCAUAAAGACACUAUACAGUGCACUGCUGCUGGCCCAACUCCAGUGUCAGUGUCAGUGGGGUCCCUGACACUGUGUGCUGUAGCCUACCUAUUGCCUGCAUGUGGGGCGUUCAGGGAACAUCUGCAAAUUGUAGCAUCUAUCGACAGUCUCCACAUGAGGUGUUUAGAGGACAUCUGUAAAUUAAGAGACAAGGAUCACCACUGGCUAUGCAGUAGCAAAAUUCUCACUUUUGUUGACUCACAACGACUGUAGGAAACUUCUCAUUAGAAAUUUAUGUUGUAGAAAUACUGAUAUACACAAUGUGUGUGGAGCCAUGGAGGAUCGUGCAGCCCCUAGACACCUUUAAUGAAUGUGAAGAUCUGAAUGAUCUGACAAUUUCCAAAAAUGAUCAGCGUUAAGAAAGCUACUGUAAUUAAAGUUAGUAAGAUAGUGUGUCUUAAGGUGAUGGUUGCAAUAAUCAGACUUUAAUAUUAAUCCACUUCUAAAACCUGGGUUAAUGGAUUUUGGUUGUCUCCCUCUCCGGCCUCUUGUCUGGCCGAGUCGUACUCGUACAGUAUUUAACAGGAAAGCUGCCCCCUGCCCGUCAGUAUUGGAACUGCUACUGAUGAGUUCAAAGACGACUUCCUGUUGAAACACCACAGGAACUGUCUCCAUGUCUUUUCUCUGUUUGUCUGUCCAGCCUCCUCUUUACUCACUGUGACGUUUAUGAUGCUGCAUCAGUCCUGUUUUCACUUCUAUCGUCUCGUGAACCAAACCCCACUCGUGUUCUCUGUGGUUUGAAUGUGAAACUUGUUUCUUUGUUCUGAACUUUGCUUGAAUGUGAUUCAUCUGUAUACAGGGUUGAGUGAAAACCCUCCGAGUGCUGGGGAGUGUGGGUUAUUUGCCACGAGACUGUAGAUAUUAUUAUGAAGAGAGAGAUUUAAAACUGAAGCUGAGUGUUGUACCCACUGUAUUUAGUGGGAAUCGGGAUCAGUGCUACUUCAGUCCUGCUGGAUGUUAUUAGACAUGUGAAAGUGAGAGGCACUGAUACUCUGAUUAUGGCCUGGGAUUCCUAGGAUCAAAUAAAUUAAUGUUUGCAACAGA